UCUUGAGGAAGGUUACAUAAGACAGAGAGUUUGCAACAAACACGAGGCGUUUGAAGACCAGACCAACUACAACGAGCAAGACACCCAACACAAUCCUCAAGAUGGGAGAUCCAGUCCAGUUAAAAGAUGAGGGAAACAAAUACUUCCAAGCAGGAGAGAUCGACAAGGCCAUUGAAUGCUAUACUAAAGCCAUCAAAGUGUGCAAGGACAAAAAAGUUCUUGCUGUUAUACACAGGAACAGAUCUGCAUGCUACCUAAAAAAGGAAAAUUAUUCAAAUGCAGCAGCAGAUGCAUCUAGAGCAAUCGAUGUUGAUGCAGCUGAUAUUAAAGCUUUGUACCGGCGUUGCCAAGCUCUGGAGAAGUUAGGCAAACUGGACAUGGCUUUUAAAGACGUGCAGAGAUGUGCAACUCUUGAACCAAAGAACAAGACCUUCCUUGAGACUCUCCGCAGGCUAGGAGCAGAAAUCCAGGCCAAGCUCAAGACAACAUUUUCCACAGAUUCAAGAGUACAGAACAUGUUUGACAUUCUCUUUGAUGAAGAAAUGGACAGGGACAAGAAGGAGAAAGCUGCAAACAACCUGAUCGUGCUGUCCAGAGAGGAUGCUGGAGCAGAAAGGAUCUUUCAGAAUAAUGGGGUGUCUCUGCUACUCAACAUGAUAGAGACGGGCAAACCAGAGAUGGUCCUGGCCGCUGUUCGCACAUUAUCAGGGAUGUGCACAGGACACAAGGCUCGGGCCAUGGCCAUUGUUAACAUGGUGGGUGUUGAUAAGAUGUGCAGCAUCAUGGCUGUUGACAAUGAGGAGAUUGCACUGGCAACCUGCAACCUAUUCCAGUGCAUCAAUGACUCCCUCACUGGUGGAGAUAAAAGAGAAUAUGGGAAAGAAGAGGCUUUGAUUUUGGAUCCAUCUAAAGACCUGAAAACUAUUCUUCUCUCCCUUCUGGAGAUGGUUGCCAGUAAGAAGGUGUCUGGCCAUGGCAGAGACCAGGCACUGAACCUCCUGUGUAAAAAUGUUCCUCGCAAAGACAAGAAAGAGGUAGACCACUCAAGGACCCUGUUUACCAUUGACAACGGACUGAAGAAGAUCCUUAAGGUGUGUGGUCAGGUUUCGGAGUUGCCAGACCAGCUGCCCCUGACAGAAAACACACAGCUGAUCGCCAGCAUCCUUCUCACCAAGCUGUAUGACGACCUCAAGUGUGACCCAGAGAGAAACAACUUCAGGGACAUUUGUGAUGCAUAUAUCAAAUCCAAAAUUGACCCCAAUGACAUGGACAAGACAAUCCAUGCUAUCAAUACUAUUUCAGGGCUGCUUCAGGGGCCCUUCGAUGUGGGCAAUGCUCUCAUUGGACACCAGGGUAUCAUGGAGAUGAUGGUGGCGUUGUGUGGCUCUGAACGUGAGGUGGACCAGAUGGUUGCAGUGGAGGCUCUGAUUCAUUCCUCCACAAAGAUGAGUCGUGCUAGCUUUAUCAUCACCAAUGGUGUGUCACUGCUGAAGGACAUCUACAAGAAGACCAAGAACGAGAAGAUUAAGAUACGUGCACUGGUGGGUCUCUGUAAAUUGGGUUCAGCUGGUGGUGACGACUACAGUCUGAGGCAGUUUGCUGAAGGAUCCACGGAGAAGCUUGCCAAACAGUGCAGGAAGUGGCUGUGUAAUCCCACAAUUGAUACUAAAACAAGGAAAUGGGCCAUAGAGGGUCUUGCUUAUUUGACCAACGAUGCUGAUGUGAAAGACGACUUUGUUGAGGAUGAGCCUGCCAUGAAAGCUAUGUUUGAACUGGCCAAGUCUAAGGAUAAGACGAUCUUAUAUGCAGUAGCAUGCACCCUUGUCAACUGCACCAACUCCUAUGAAAAGAAGGAAAUCAUCCCUGAGCUGGUUCAACUAGCCAAAUUCUCAAAGCAGCAUGUGCCUGAGCAACACCCCAAGGACAAGAAGGACUUCAUUGAGAGGAGGGUGAAAAGGCUGCUGAAGGCUGGAGUCAUUUCUGCUCUUGCUGUCAUGGUCAAAGCAGACAGCUCCAUCCUGACAGACCAGACCAAGGAAAUGCUGUCAAGGGUCUUCUUGGCAUUGUCAGAGGACUCCAAGGACCGUGGAACUAUUGUUGCCCAAGGUGGGGGUAAGGCUUUGAUCCCACUCGCUCUGGAAGGCACAGAAGCCGGGAAGGUGAAGGCCUGCCAUGCCCUUGCAAAGAUUGCAUCUAUUUCAAACCCUGAAAUUGCCUUUCCGGGUGAGAGGGUGUAUGAGGUAGUGAGGCCUUUGGUAAACCUCCUUCAAACAGACAGAGAUGGAGUACAGAACUAUGAAGCUCUGAGAGGCCUUACUAAUUUUGCUGGUUUCAGUGAAAAACUUAGAACAAAGAUUGUGAAAGAGAAUGCCCUGUCAGACAUAGAGAACUACAUGUUUGAGGAAAACGAGCAAAUCAGACAGGCUGCUACUGAAUGCAUGUGCAACCUUGUUACAUGUAAAGAGGUCCAGGAGCGUUAUAUGGAGGAUGGCAAUGAUAAAAUGAAGCUGCUGGUGCUGCUAUGUGGCGAGGAUGACGAAAAACUCCAGAUAGCUGCAGCAGGAGCUCUGGCCAUGCUCACUGCUGCUCAGAAGAAGCUGUGCACCAAAAUGACCCUGGUGACAACCCAGUGGAUGGAGAUCCUUCAGAGACUGUGUCUGCAUGAUAACCCUUACGUACAGCACCGUGGCCUUGUGGUUGUCUACAACAUGCUCAAUUCAGACAACAGUGAGCUGGCAAAGAAGCUGAUCGAGAGUGAGUUGCUGGAAAUCCUCUCAGUCAUUGGAAAAGCUCAGGACAAUCCCAAGAGGCAGGACGCCAUCGAUGCAGCACGCACAUGUCUUGUUAAAGCUAUGGAUCUUGGUCUCAUCAAACCUUUCACCAGCCCUUCUUAGAGCCCUGCUGCAAGGGAAAUAAACAGAAAUGAACUCUUCCUUAUUUUCUCUGUUACAUUCAGACAUUUUUAAUGCUUUUCUACUUAAAAAAAAAAAAAAAGAUUCAUCAGUCUGCUUUAGCCCUCUAAAAGAUAACCUCUCACAGUACUGUCCCACCGUAUAAGGCAUAAUGUAAUGUAUUAUGUUUGUGCUAAUUAAAGUGUUUAUGAAUAUUUAAGACUGAUCUGUUCUCAUGUAUUUGUUAAGACUGGGUGCUAAUGUUUGGCCUUCACAACAGAAGAAUUGGGAAGCCAAAUAACAAAUGAAUGUUCAACUCCAUACAUGCAAUAUAUUUUACUCUUUAUCCAAAGUUGUUGCCUACAUGAAGGACUUUUCAAUGAUCCUAAAAAAAGGUUUUGUACAUAAAGACUCAAUUAAUAUGUGAAAAACUUCUGUCAUUAUU